AUGGGGGUACAAGGUGAUUGCACCACCACAGGGCAACAACGAGUUUUGGAAGAGUUAUAUGCAGGUCAUCCUGUGGAUGGAAGUAGAACCUGUAGAAUCAGCAACGACGAAAACUACGGUAGAAAAGUUAAGAAAAAAAUUUUCUCAACUCAUGGAAUUCCUAAAAAACUGGUAUCAGACAAUGGAUCAGUAUUCACCAGUCAAGAGUUUACCAAUUUUGUAAAGUCGAAUGGAAUAGACCACAUUAAAACAGCACCGUAUCAUCCAUCAAGUAAUGGGCUGGCGGAAAGAGCAGUACAGGUAUUGAAGAAAGGACUGUCCCUAGCAAAACAAGGAACCUUGUCAUAUCGCUUGACACAAGUGUUGUUCAGCUACCGGAUUACACCGCAUUCCAUGACAGGAAUAUCACCUGCGGAAUUAUUAAUGGGUCGCAAAUUACAGUCACGGUUAGAUUUGUUACACCCCAACUUGGAGCAAACAGUACACAAAAAGCAAUGGCAACAGAAACAAUUCUACAAGGGUAACCGGAAUAGUAUGAUAGACCUUUACAACGGGGUGAGAGUCUACGUGCGCAACUACAACAGAGGUCGUCCUUGGGUAGCUGGUGUGGUUCAGUCCAAAAACAGGCCCCCAUCAUACACUAUCAAACUGGAUGAUGGGAGGGUAGUCAAACAACAUUUAGAUCAGAUUCGGAAAACUUUAGAAUCGGAAAGACAUGAAGGAGGUGAAGCAGAAGACCUACUGGCGGAACCAAUACAUCCAAGGGAUAACCCAUGUUCAAGAGCAAUGGUACCGGUAUCGCCGGGAAGACCCGAAGAGUGGGCUGUUGCACCAGACUUACCAGAACAAGAUGGAGUUGACAAACAAAUGGAACAGGACGCCAUGGUAUCAUCGCCGGAGAUCAGUACAGGACCAGAAAACUUAGAGACAUACGUGGAACCAACUACAGCAUCAAAGCUAGGUGCCAGCAAAGGAGCGACUCCAAGCCACCGUUCCAGCAGAAGGAGAAAGGCACCUGACAGACUGAAUUUUUAG